CCGGUUAACCCAAGAGAAACCAGGAACAAAAGCAACCUUCAAGGCAUCAGUUGAAGCACCGCUAAGAUGAGAGCGCCGCUGUGAUUACAUUUUUUUGUCCCACCCAUCCUCAAACUCCGCUUUAGUGAGCGAGAUUUGUUGAGCUUAAACGAAGGCGACCUCAAGAUGCCAAACACCGUUUCAGACGCGGAGGGCUACGCUGCGGUUGAGAUUGGAGCUGGGUCCCAACUCAACAGCCGCGAGAGGAUUCUACCAAAUCUGGAGCGAGUCGAUGACACCAGCAGCCAUGCUCCCGUGGCCAAGAAGAAACAGUUCCCGGAGCGAGGUGCUUGGAAGGGAAGGUUUGACUUCCUUCUGUCGUGCGUGGGCUACGCCGUCGGCUUGGGCAACGUGUGGCGCUUUCCGUACUUGUGUGGAAAGAAUGGUGGAGGGGCGUUUCUGAUCCCGUACUUCCUGACGCUGGUGUUUGCUGGAAUUCCGCUCUUCCUGCUGGAGACUUCCCUUGGGCAGUACACCUCCGUAGGCGGCCUGGGAGUCUGGAAGCUGGCUCCCAUGUUUAAAGGAGUUGGGCUUGCUUCAGUCGUGAUCUCAUUCUACCUCAACAUCUACUACAUCGUCAUCAUCUCUUGGGCCAUCUACUACCUCUACCAUUCCUUCACCUCUGUGCUGCCAUGGCAAGACUGCAAUAACCCGUGGAACACAGAUAAAUGUUUCUCGAAUUACAGCAUCCUUGACACCACCAACCUCACAAGCACCGUUGUGGAGUUCUGGGAGCGGAACAUGCACCAGUUGUCCAGUGGCUUGGAUGAGCCAGGUGAAGUGAGAGGUCCUCUGGCCGUCACUCUCGCCAUCUCCUGGGUCUUGGUCUACUUCUGCAUUUGGAAGGGAGUUGAGUGGACUGGCAAGGUCGUGUACUUCUCGGCCACGUACCCGUACGUCAUGCUGAUUGUGCUGUUCUUCCGUGGAAUCACCCUGCCGGGCGCCAAAGAGGGCAUCCUGUUUUACAUCACACCAGACUUCCGCAAGCUCACAGACUCCGUGGUCUGGCUGGAUGCUGCGACGCAGAUAUUUUUUUCCUACGGCCUUGGCCUUGGUUCUCUGGUCGCUCUUGGCAGCUACAACCCCUUCCACAACAACGUUUACAAGGACUCCAUCAUUGUGUGCUGCAUCAACUCGGUCACCAGCGUCUUCGCUGGAUUCGUCAUCUUCUCCAUCGUGGGUUUCAUGUCUCACAUCACAAAGAAGCCUGUGAAGGAGCUGGCCGCAUCGGGUCCAGGCCUUGCCUUCCUGGCUUAUCCACAGGCUGUCACCCAACUUCCCAUAUCGCCUCUCUGGUCGAUUCUUUUUUUCUCCAUGCUUCUCAUGCUUGGACUGGACAGUCAGUUUUGCACGGUGGAAGGCUUCGUCACAGCCCUAUCUGAUGAAUAUCCUCAGUACCUCCGUGGGCAUAAGGAAAUUUUCAUCGCCGUCAUUUGCGUUAUCUCCUACAUCAUCGGACUCGCCAACAUCACACAGGGCGGGCUGUAUGUCUUCAAGAUGUUUGACUAUUACUCGGCAAGUGGGAUGAGCCUGCUCUUCCUUGUCUUCUUUGAAACGAUAGCCAUAUCUUGGUGUUACGGUGUUGACAGGUUCAACGACAACAUUUGCGAGAUGAUUGGGCACAAGGUCCACAAAUGGUGGAAUAUUUGCUGGGUCUUCUUCACUCCACUCGUGGUCGUGGGCGUGUUCAUGUUCAGCGUCGUGGAGAUGACUCCGCUGACGUUGGGCAGCUACACGUACCCGAUGUGGGGUCAGGGCAUGGGUUGGUUCAUGGCGUUGUCGUCCAUGCUCCUCAUCCCUGGAUACAUGGUCUACCUCUUCUUGAUCAGCAAGGGAACUCUGCGACAGCGAUGGCACCAAAUGUCCAGAGUUCAAGUCACCAAGCGCCAAGACAAUGGAGGAGAAUGCUAUGAAAAUGAAGUCACGUUCUGAGCGCUCGUCAACACAUUUAUUGAUAUACGUUCAAAAUUUGAUGUGCAUUUGGUUCAGACCGAGAAUGUGGUCUCCUUUCAUUGUGUUGUAUAACUGAAGCCCUUGUGAUGUGUACUAUGUUUGAGCAUAGAGCUUCUCAAUUCAGUAUGCACAGUGUGUUUUGGCAAGAGGCAGCAUUUAAUUUACAAAAUAUACUGAAGAAGCAAUGUUAGCCCCUGUAAUACCCCCCAGGCGAAAUUGAAUUGUAGCCAUGGGUAGCAUAAGCAAUAUUAAAAAAUGCACCACGUUCCUCAUCAACACUGCCUUAUGAAGGAAAUAUGCUAGAGUAGAGCUGGACUAUCACAUUAUUUAAGGCAUACAUUACUUUACUGAUCAUUGGUAAAAUUUCUUAACUAAUUGGAUAACACGAAAACAUUUGAGGUGGUGUGUCACGAUGGGGGCGUGGCUUCCAGGGGGUUUCCUGCUUUCACAAGCAGGAUGUGGAGGGUGACCAGCGUUUUUAAAAGUGCCCAAGUAAUCGAUGACAAAAUAGUAGUCAACUUAUUUUUUAAUCCGAUUAAACUGUCCCAGCUCUAUGCCAUUGUAAGCUAUAAUUCCACCAAUGGCAUGUUAGAUUGCGAUGUACUUUUCUGGUAGAAUGCUGUGUUAAUAACAAAGGUAAAGUAACGAACACUUUUUUUCCUUUGUGCUUGUGCACCGCUGCAAAGCAGUCAGUGUAUUUAAUUUUCCCAUUCUCCUAAUACCAACACGAGGAAUUUUGGCUAUCAUCCCCUAGCAGAACCCUCCUUUAAAUUAGUCUUGAGAUUCCAUGAUAGUGGGAUAAACAAAUCCAUUAUGAUUAACGGCAAAUGUGAGUGAUCUGAUUCCAGUGCCCACAACCAAUUCAAUGUCAAUUUGAUGGUUCAUAUUGCCUGUGAUAGUCUGUAUUACUGCAGUAACUUUAGCAAUAUAAAAUUUGACUAGUUCUAUAUAUUCCAUAUUUUAAUAUAAAUUAUUAAGAAAAUUGUAUUAGCAAGAUGUAUAGUUUCUUUAAAUGCAUAUUUAUGCCAGUGAUAGCUAUUGGAAUGUAUUGUACCUGACUUUGAAUGUAUAUGACAAAUUUGUGACGUUCAAAUCUCCGUGUUACUCGGCCACCAUCGAUUACCAAGUACAAUUAACUGACACGUGCAGUAGUGGAAAAUUACAGGGUGCAUCAUGCACUGUCAGUCGUGGCACUUUAAUGAAUGUUUACGCGGAUUCAAAUAAUAUUCAAUUCUGGCCUGGAAUUAACCGGGCAGGGAAGUGUUGUAUCGAUGAUGAGUUACGUGUGACCUACGAACAAAAUAGAACAUUUUCAACAUGCUAUGGGGUUUUUAGAAAUAUUUAAACUCUCUUUCCAUUGCUACUUUUGUGUUUUUAAUGAGUUGAGACCUGCUGCUUCAGCGGUAAAGCGAGUGGCUCACAUUUGGAAGGUUCCGGAUUCAAAUCCUGGUUGGAGCUUGACUCAGCCCCAUCGUUCCCCUCGCUGGGGUCAAUAAAAUAAGUAAAACAAAUUUUUGGGAGGGGGGGGGUCAACAGUGUUUGUGCUAUGGAUAUACUUGCCCUGGUCAUAUGAAUGUGGAAUUUCCACCACUGCUUCAGGGCUGUCAAUGGGAGAUGAGCACCAAUCCAAUGCUCAUUUGAGCAGGACAUCACGGAGACUGUUUUGAGAGGCAAUAUGUUUGUAAACUGAAAGGUUAAUCUCGGGAACAACCUCAUUUUACUUUUUUGUAAUCAGUGCCGGAUUAAGCUAGUACGGGGCCUGUAGCAUAUGUUAUAAAGGGGCCCUAAAAAGACGUAAAUAUUAAAACACAAAUGUUUUACUUGUAUAGUAAAGCAAUUGUAUUUUUUCAUUUGCCAUACAGCCAGAUAAUACGAUAAAUCGCUAACCUUAAACACCCAGUCGUUCAUAAAAGUUGAAGGCAGUAUAGUACUAUAGUAAUAGAGCAAGUGCAGAAUCACUAAACUGGAAUUGAUAGCUUGAAAGCAUUUAGCGCGGGGCCCUUGAAAGUGCGUGGCCCGUAGCUACUACAUAUGUAGCUACUACAUGUGUAGUAGCUACUACUGUGUUCUACACACACGGUCCCCUGGACGAGGGCCAGCACACGCCAUGGGUGGGUCUGGUGGGGAGGGCAUUUGACCAUUCUUCACCAUCGCCGGUCCACUCCAGUGCAAGUUGAUGAUGGGGGCAGUGCAUUUGGCAAACUGUAAUUCUUCCCACGACACUUAUGUAGUUUAACACGUAGGCUUUCGCGACCAAUAUCAUCCAUAAAUUUUUUUUUGGGGGGGGGGGGUUAGAUCUCGUAAAUAUAUAAAUGUGUCGUUAAACCCAUCACCAACACCACCCGACACAGCCAAUUAGUAAGUAUUGUGAAUGUUGUGGGUUUACUCUCCAACACACCGGUGUGCUGUACGAGUAACGAAUUGGCACGUUCUGUUGACGUAACACACCUUACUAAUUGGCUGUGUCGGGUGGUGGCGGGUUUAACGACACAUUUCUAUAUUUACGCGAUCUAACCCGAACAAAACCUGCAUUAUGCACACUCGUGAAAUUGCAAUGAUACAUUUCGUCCGAGAGAUGGUAGCCUCGCCCUUGUGUUAUUUAAGUAGUAACCCACUAAAAAAAAACUCACGGAACGCCUCUCUUUUGAACGUCAUCCACCCUCCACCCCCUCUGUGCGUAACGAAAUCACGGCGAUGCGCACUCAAUUGAACCGUCCGGCGUAAAAACCUGGGAGUGAACCAUUUAAAGAACUGAGAAAGUUUGCCUCGGAAUUUGGGUAAGACACAUCUCCAUAACAAGUCUCCGUCCGUGCGCUUGAAGGUCAUAACCAUGUGAGUAUGUUAAGGCUUCUUCUUGUGUUACUGUUAUUAGCCACUUGUGUUACUGUUAGAGACAGCCCGCGUGUGUUUGGACUGGCUUCAUGCUUUAUGUCGAGGCAAUAGGCGUUUCGUUUAACCCAUUUUGCUUUUAGCAUUUGUGUCCGCUGCUUUCGUGUGUGUAUAUACAAAAUACAACGGAUACAUUUUGAGGAAACAACGUUUAAUUCCCAAGCCUCGUCGCAUGUCCCCUUACAAACCAAUGUGAAUAAACUCAUUUGAACGCACUCCUCUGUAAGAUAUGGAGCUUUCACGAUUUUCGAUCAGCUGUUGAGAAGUUAAAGAGUCAUUAGAAAUCAGUGACAUAUCUCUGAAUGUAUCACCCCUGCGUAUAGCACGCGCACCAUAGCUAGGACACUUGGAAUAAAGUGAUAAAUACAUGUGAACGUCAAUACA